UCUCGGCGUUCACAUAUUAUCGGGUCUUUCUUUGUCGGUUCGCGCCAUCCUAGUUCUCUCAUUACUGUCUUUUCGUCAUGUCAGCCGCUCAAAGAUUUAUUCGAUCGCCUCAAUUCGCAGUCGUUGGUGCCAGUACUUCGCCCGAAAAGUUUGGCAACAAAGUUUUGCGCUGGUAUAUCAAGAGUGGUCUCAAGGUUAUACCGAUAAAUCCAAAGGUAGCAGAGAUCGAGUCUUUGGCCACAGUCGCAUCCAUCAAAGAACUUCCUAAUCCUACCGAAACAGCCUUAUCUGUUAUAACACCCCCCAAAAUAACGCUUCAAGUGUUAAAAGAUGCAGAAGAAUUAGGGAUUCAGAAUGUUUGGAUUCAGCCAGGUGCUGAAGAUGGAGAAGUGAUGAAAUUCGCAAAGACAUCGAGUAUGAAUUUAAUUAUGGGAGGUCCUUGUAUCCUAGUCCAAGGCCCAGAUCUCGUUCGAUUGCGAGGUCGUCUUUAAAUAAACGUUCACCCUGGCUGUUCAGAAAGAAAGCUGCAACGUUAACUGGAAUCUAACCACUUUGCUUAGCUAAUUUGUGAAUAUGAUAUCUCAAAUGAUUAUUGCUUAUGCUCAGAAUUUUUCGAUGAGACUGCACAAGCACCAUUCGAUUUAAGAAUCUCC